AUAACCGGUGGGCAGGCUGCGUUUUCACGAAGGACUCGGGUGAAGCUGCAGAGCUGCCUUUGAGCACUGACUCCUCGGCUUCCUGGGUCGGAGGAGAGCUUGUAAUGGAGUGGUUCUUCGUCUCACACUAACAAGAUGCCUGAUUUCCUCAGGAUCGAGGGAUUGAAGAAUGUCCCGGGUUCCACUGGGGAAAGUCCUUCUAAGGAAUGUCAUCCGGCACACAGAUGCUCACAAUAAGAUUCAGGAGGAAUCAGAUAUGUGGAAAAUAAGAGAAUUGGAGAAACAGAUGGAAGAUGCUUACAGGGGAAACAAAAGGAAAAUGUUACCCAGCAGUUCAAGUCGGAUGCGUAGUGAUGGUUUUGAUGAAGAAAGUCAAAGAGACAAUUGGAGGCCAAGGAAUGAAAUUUCUGGAGCCCUGGAAGAUGAUUUUCUUAAGGCUAAAUCCUGGAACAAGAAGUUAUAUGAUUAUGAAGCUAACAUGCCAGACAGAUGGGGUCACAGUGGCUAUAAAGAGUUAUACCCUGAAGAAUUUGAAACAGACAGUGAUCAUCAAGAUAUUACGAAUGGGAAAAAAAGAUCUCCCCAGGUAAAAUCAUCUACCCACGAAUCUCACAAACACAAGAAAUCAAAGAAAUCGCACAAAAAAAAGCAGAAAAAAAAGUCACAUAAGAAACAGAAGAAAAGCAAAAAGGAAGCUGCAGCUGUAACAGCAGAUUCCUCAAACGAGUUCUCGGAAGAAACUGGGGCUUCUAGUACCAGGAAACAACCACAUAAGCGUAAGAAAAAAUCGAGGAAAAAGUCUCUCAAAAAGCCUGCUUUAGUUUUAGAGGCAGAAAGUGACACUUCUCAGUCAGAUGAUUCUGCAUCCAGCAGUUCUGAGGAAAGAGACACUAAGAAAACCAAAAGGGAAAAGAGAGAUAAAGUCAACAUCCCUGUAGUUAGCAAUGAAAUACAGGAGAGGACAAACAAACGCACAAAUUGGAAAGUGGCUACAGAUGAAAGGUCUGCUGAGAGUUCAGAGGAUGACUAAAUGAGAAACAUUCUUCAGUUUCCAUGUGACUCGGAUAUUUACAGCUCUUGCACCUCGGGGCUUUGCCAAUGACUCUUGUUCAGCACAGGGGCCCUGAGGUCAGAGCCGUCUUGUGCCAUCUGUGUAUGUUCUGACAGACUUGUCUUCUAUUUUGGCCUGUUAAACUUGAUUCUCUUAUUGGUAAUAGGGAAUCUGGUAUUUUGUUAUGAAGGUUUCUUGAAGAGAUUAUUUUUUGCAGUUAAUUACAUUUAGUGUAGAGUGCAUAUACAGCAAAUUAAAGGACCCAGAAAGCAGAAUCCAAUGACCUGGGUACACCAAUUAGAAUGUUCAAUUUGGAGAAAGCAAGGGCUGGGAUCUAGAGGUGGAUUGGAACCAGUGCUGUGCAGAAUGUAUAAGGGAACAUUGUGUUACUCUCGUUUGGUUUAUAUAGCAGGUGCCACUUGACUUUGUCUCAGCCUUGGUGCUUUGAUCUUCCUGUAUUUUGGCCCCACAGAUGUGGUAAUUUAUUUAAUGGGGAGAUGAGCAGAACGAAUACUUUCCCUUUACAAUGUCCAUAAAUAGCUGUUAUCAGAAGAGACUAGGGUUUUCUGUCAAAUUUCCCUGCUGGACAGGGACUGUAGCUAUACUCAGUAUACCCAUAACCAUGGUGAUUGGAUAGUAAAUGGUUUUCUAGUUCCAUUGCUGUAUAUUGCCUAAAUGGACUUGUGUUCAAAAAUUAUUUCUUUUAGCUAAGUCCUCAACAAAUGGGGAAGAAUUAGGACUUAGUCAUGUUAAUGGUGCUCUGAACAGGCUUCAGAGCAGCAUCUGCCAUUUUAAUGUUGUCUUCCUUGUUCAUUUCUAAAUCUAUUAAUGAACUUUAGAUUUUCCCUGAAACUAGGUUGAAUCAAAUCCAAAAUGAAAUAUGCUUCUCAGGGACAUGUCUACUUCUUUCCAGCCUGCCUUUGGAUUAAAGCACCAAGCAGAGACCAUAUUAUUUUCCUUUGCAACAUGCUGUAAUCCCUACUAUGUUAAUUCAUAAGAAACCAAAACAACACUGAAAGAAGGCUGGCAGAACAAAAGUUAAUUUUUUCAUUAUGGCAAAUCAAGUGACGUAUUGUUUUUCCUGGUUGUCACUUCAUGGGCUGAGUAAAAGAGCUUGAAAACCCGUCUUGGUUCUGCCACUAAUUGGUUAUGUGGCCUGGAGUAGGCAAGUUAACCUCCCUGGCCUUCCUUUUAAUCCCAUGUGUAAUAAAUACUUCAUGGUGACAUGACAGUGUUAAGACACCAGCAGUAGAGUAUAGCUAUGACAUCAUUCCAUGAGGUAAUAUUUUAUAGUUCUGCUAAAUUUUUUCUCUUUACAGAACAGAUUUCUAAUAAAAUGCUUAGUCAUAAAGCACAUGGUUGGCCAGUAGUUCCCUAUCCCAAUUCUAAGCAGGUGCUACCUUUGGGGAUAUUUAUUUGAAAUAUUAAUAACUUUGGUACUCAAUUGUUAAUGUUCAGUGGUAUAUAUAUAUUUUUUCCUUUGGGAUUAGUAGGGGCCCAAGGGGGAAUAACAGUAUAUAAUUACUACCUCUUAACCUAAAGCAAUUAUUUUAUUCUUGGAGCAAGUGAAAUCUUUGUUGGAGGGAGUGUUCACGUG